AUGGUACUCGACGUCGUGCUCGACACGUCCGACCUGUCGCCCAACCAGGUCCUCGUCCUCGCCGACCAGCGCGGCAAGCGCCUGCGCGUUUCGGCGCCGGCGCGGCGGCCUCGCCAGCCGGCGCACGACGUGUACGCCGGCUUGACAGCCGCACCAGGAGGGCGGGGGUCGCCCGUGCCGCGACCUCGUUCGGCGGGAGCGGCGCCUCUCGGCCCUCGCCGGCCUUCCUCGGCGACGGCGGCAAGCUCGAGCGGCGCACCGCCAACAGCAAGCGUUGCGCCCGACGUCAUCCUCGAGCGCUGGGUUCUCUCGCUCUCACCGCGCUCGACCACGACCUCGACCUCCACCUCGAGCGCGUCCUUCUCGCCCUCGUCCUCCACCAGUUACCCCUCUCCCUCGACCGCCGCCCGUCCUCCUCCACCCGCACCACCAUCGACGACGACUACGACGGCGAUCGAGCUCCCGACCGUGUACAAGCACGCGAUCCUGCACUUUCGCGCCCAGUUCACGCUCGCGCGCACGCUCCCCGCGUGGGCGCUCCACCGCCGGUUGGCGCGCAGGCCGUUCGCGGCGGCCGCGGCGGGCGGGACGGGCUUGGGCUUGCGGGUCAGGAUGGGGCGAGGCGAGGGAUACGGAGGAAGGGCCGGCGAGGGCGAGGAGAGGGAGGGAGAGGUCGGCAUCGAGGAGGCGCUCGAGGGCGGAGAGGGCGAGACGGAGAAGAUCGUGUUCCCCGGGAUCGAGACGCCGCUCGGCACCCUUUCGCUCUCGGUCACGUACCGCCUCAACACCGACUUCUCGGUCGAGGAGAUCGAGACGCUCCUCUCGUCGCGCUUCCUCGACGAGGACUUCUUCCGCCCGACCGUCGCACGGUACCCGACCCACGUCCAGCAGCCGCAGCAGCAGCACCCGCACCAACACUCGUCGCACGCCCUGCGCGCCGAGCCAGGCUCGCUCCCGCUCACGUCGACGAGCCCGGGCGGCGGCUUCGCGCUCGGCAUCGGCACCGGCGGCGCGUCGCGCGCGAGCCCACCUGUCGCCGCCGCACCCGCCUCGACGGCGAGGGGCAUGACGGGCCUUGCGCCCCUGCCGAGCUACGGCUCGCUGUCGUCGCGGCACCCGUACGCGCCGCACCCUCUUGGCCCUGCCACGACGACGCCGCACGCACCCUCGCCCCUCUCGAGCUCGCCCCGCCCGGGCAACGCCCUCCCCGCACCCGUUGCCGUCCCUCGAGCGAGCCACGCCUCGUCCCAGGCCGCGUCAUCGCCUCGCCCCGCCUCGUACAUGAGCGCCGGCGGCGCAAGCCCGACCGCGUCGCACUCGUCGUCGGCGCCCCGGUUCGUCGCCUACGGGCCCGGGCACGAUGCCGCGCCGUCGCCCGCAUCGGCCGCAGCGGCGCCGAGCACAUCCACCUCGGCGGGCGCCGGCGCCGUCGAGCCCGCCUUCAUCUCGCUCGCGCGCGCGAGGGGCGCGUCGUACUCGGGCGGCGGCCCGGGCUCGAGCUCGGUGCCGCGCGCGAGCCCGCUGAGCGCGAGCCCGGCGACCCAGGCGGGAGGGUUCUUUCGCCGAGCGAGCGGCGGGAGCUCGUCGUCAGGCGCAGGCGGCGGGGCCGGCGCGGGAGGGUUCUACGGCGCGGCGGGCACGAGCGCCGGCGGUGGUGGCGGGAGCCCGAUCUUUCGCGCGGGCAGCUACCUCGGCACGAGCGCGCUCGCGUCGUCGUCGUCGCCGUCGGGCGCGCCCAUCGGCCGGCAGCAGCCGCUCCCGCUCCCCGUCGCCGUGCCCGCGCCUGCCGGCGCGCACCCGCAGCUCAGCGGCUCGCCCCUCGCCGGCGGCGGCGGGAGCAUGAGCGUGCGCCCGUCGGGCCUCGGCAGCUACGGCUCGCAGGGCAGCUACACGCGCUCGGGCCUCAUGCGCGCGUCGAGCGCGAGCGGCGGCAGCGGCAGCUUCGACGAGGCGCACGCGCACGGGCACCCGCACGGGCACGGCUCCGCGAUCGUGCGCAGGCCGAGCGGCGGCGCGGCGUCGAGGGCGCUCAGCUUCGGCGUCGCCGGCAGCCUCGGGCGCUCGCCCGGCGGCGGCGGCGGCAUCGGCGGCGCGAUGGCGAGCGGCGGCGCAGCGGCGGGCUCGAGCGGCGUCAGUCGUCUCGGGACGAUGAUGGCCCAGUACGACGCAGCGUCGUCGCCUGGCGGCGCGGCGGCGGCGCGUGCCGGCGCCGGACCCGGCGCAGCAGGAGCGCCCGCACCUGCGGCCGAGCGGCGGCGGUUCGUGCACGAGGGCCGCGCACCCGACGACGCAGACGACAUCGAGGCGUUCCUCGGCAUGCUCGACUCGAAGCCCGACCUGCGCGCGUCGGACGCCGGCGGCGGCCUCGGCGGCGGCUUGGGAAGGUCGUCUGUCGCGGCCGGCGGCGGCGGCGGCUUCGUCAGCAAGCGUGACGUCGACGAGCAGCUGCGACUUCUCCGCAGCAGCGUCUACGGCUCUGCAGGCCCGGGCAGCGCCGGCAGCGGCGGCGAGAGCGCGAGCCCGCCCGUCCUCUUUGGCGGCUCGGCGGGGUGGGCGGGUCCGAGCGGCGUGAGCCCGUCGCCGCGCACGUCGAGCGGCCUGUCGAGCUUGCGAAGGCAGACGAGCCGCCUCUCGAUCGAGGAGGACCCGGCGGCCGAGGCGGCCGCGGUCGCGGCGCGCUCGCCAAGUCGCGAAAGGCUGGCGACUGGGCCCGAGCGCACGCCGCGAGCUCCUCUGCGCACGCUCUACGGGCACGGUCACGGGCGAGCGAGCCCGACGCUGUCGGCCACGUCGGGCACGAGCACCGCCGUCCCGCCGCUGCCGCAGCCGUCGGCCGCAGGCGUCGAGCCGCGGUUCCUCCCCCUCCCGCUCUCGAGCACGACCUCUCCUCUUGCCUCGCCCGGCACACACGGCGCCCACCCGCACUACCGCCACCACGCCCUGCAGAGCGCCGCGUUCGGCGCCUACCCGUUCGCCGCGCUCGCGCCACAGCCGUACCCGCCUCUGCCGUAUCCUCCUGCCGCAGAGGGCUCGACCGCCGACUCGCCCUCGUCCGCGCCGCCCGACGCGACGACGACGACGGCCUCGGAGCCCGUCACGAUCGCGCCGAUGCGGCCCUCGUCGGCCGGCGCCGCCGCCCGAGGCGGCCCGAGCGCUGUCGCGUACCACCAGCUGCGUCGAGGCGUCGGCAGCACGACGCAGCCGACGACGCCCGCGCUCGGGUCCGAGCACACGUCGGCCGCUGCGAGCAUCGCGAGCUUCGACGUCGACGCCGAUGGCGGCGCCGAAUCGUCGUCGUCGUACCGGUGCGAGGAGGAGCCGGUCGGCCGGCUCGAGCUCGACGACUCGGAGGAGCAGCAGCACGACGCGCAGCUCCAGCUCGAGGCCGAGAGGAGGGGCAGGUGGGGAGGUGGGCUCGGCGCCGAGGCGGACGAGGAGGAGAUUGCGCGGCUGCACUCGCACUCGGGGCGAGCGGCGCCGGGCAGGCACAGCCGCGACGCGACGCCUGCUGCGACGAGGCUCGGCGGCGGAGGCUCGGGCGCGACGGCGCCGGCGACGGGCUACUUUGCUCGCGGCGCUGGAGGAGCGGCGGGCUCGAGCCCGCCCGAGAUCUCGUGGAUGGGGUGACCCGACUUGCUUAGACCUUCUUUCCUCUCCUCUCCCUUGUUGGCUUUCAUCAUUGCGCUCUCUCCCCUCUCCCUUACGGAUCUGUGCCGUCGCGAUAGUCCCUUGCAUUCGAGCCUCUCUUUCUCGG